AUGAAAAAGAAUAUCCUACAACCUGACUUUGCUCCCAAUUAUGGUUCGGAUGUUCAGAGAGGCACAAUUUCUGGCGCUGUCACCGAUGCUAAUGGUCUUCAUCGUACAUUGGGCAAUCGACAGAUCCAACUUAUAGCAAUUGGUGGCUCCAUUGGAACGGCCAUAUUUCUGACUAUAGGUUCAGCACUCACACAUUGCGGACCUGGGAGCUUACUGCUCGCCUUUCUUGUCCACAAUAUUAUGCUUGGUUUUGUCAAUAGCUGUAUGGCAGAAAUGGCUGUUUAUAUGCCUGUUAGUGGUGGAUUCAUUCGGAUGGCUUCCAAAUGGGUCGACGAAGCAUGGGGCUUUAUGGCGGGAUGGAACUUCUUCAUCUAUGAAGCUCUGAAUAUCCCAUUUGAAAUAACAGCUAUUCACACAAUUCUUUCUUUCUGGCGUGAUGAUAUCCCAGCUGCAGCUGUAUGCGCUGCUUGCAUUGUUCUCUACGGCUCCUUGAAUAUUCUUGUCGUGAAAAUAUAUGGUGAAUCAGAAUUCUGGCUAUCAAGUGGCAAAGUUCUCUUGAUAUUCAUACUGUUCUCCUUCACAUUUGUCACAAUGGUGGGAGGGAACCCACAUGGUGAUGCAUAUGGAUUCCAACAUUGGCAAGGCCCUGGUGCAUUUGCCGAGUACUUACAUACCGGGGAUCUUGGACGAUUCGAAGGAUUUCUGUCCGCCCUUUGGUACGCUGCAUUUACCUGUGUUGGCCCGGAGUAUAUCUCUAUGAUUGCAGGAGAGGCUAAACACCCUCGUAUAUAUCUAAAGUCAGCCUUUAAAACAGCUUACUGGAGAUUUGGAGUCUUUUUUAUCGGUAGUGCCUUGUGCACUGGAAUCGUUGUUGCUUACAAUGAUCCUGCACUAAUCGCUGUUGCUAAUGGCGAGUCAGAGCGCUCCGGGGCAGCAUCAUCUCCAUACGUUGUCGCAAUGGAAAAUCUCGGCAUUCGUGUGCUACCUCAUAUUGUGAACGCACUUUUGAUCACUACAAUCUUUUCAGCAGGGAACACGUAUGUUUAUGCCGCUUCAAGAAGUCUAUAUGCUCUGAGUUGUGAAGGCAAGGCUCCAAGAUUCCUACGAAAAUGUACGAAGAAGGGUGUACCGAUAUAUUCCUUUGCUGUGGUCAUGGCAUUUCCAUUUCUCUCUUUGUUGCAAUUAUCGAACAGCUCUGCCACCGUCCUGUCUUGGCUUAUCAAUAUAUUAAGUGGGGCUGCAGUGAUCAAUUUCAUUGUGAUGUCUGCCACAUAUAUAUGCUUCUACAGAGCAUGCAAGCACCAGGGGGUGGACCGCAGUUCCCUUCCCUAUAAAGGCUGGUUCCAGCCAUUCGCAGGAUACAUUGCCUUAAUCUGGAUGGUUGUCAUUGCAGUGUGCAACGGAUAUUCGAGUUUCAAUCCUUGGAGCCUCACCGACUUCUUUACCCAUUACAAUAUGAUUCUGCUUGCAAUAUUGACUUUCUUUGGAUGGAAGAUAGCGAAGGACACCACUCUACUGUCAUCUGAUAUAGCUGAUUUACGGUGGGAAUCAGGAGAGAUUAUCACUUACGAAGAGACCACCACUGACCCUCCUGUGGGCUUCUGGACAGAAACCCUCCAGUUUCUACGGAAAGGUACUCGUCCUAGACUAGAAGCAGUGUGA